CCUAAAUUCAACAGCGAAUUUAAUAUGUGUGUGAGAGCAACUCCAACAACCGUGAGACUUAGCAUCCUUGGCCGGAGGAAGUUGAGCCGAGCUGGAUUCGAAGCACAGCUUUUAGCGUCACAGAACCACAAGUGGUAUCUAACUGCUUCAUGGCUGGAGCAAGAUUUUAAACAGGGAAGGACUCUCAUAGAAGCUAGAACCCUGAAUGUCUCACUUGCAGGAGACGGAUAUACCAUAACAAAGACAUCUUGCAAUGAGGACCAUGCCAGCAUACCACCUGAAACUCUCCUUACUUCUGUGAAGUCUGACCUGGCAGUAAUUAAAAAGCAGGCAGUGCAAGCUUACUUUCACAUUGCAUCAAUUCCUGAUCCACCAGAAGCAAUUUCCGAGUUAGAAAAAAGAUUGUCACUUGCUGAAGCUGAGCUUUCUAACACCCAAGAUGAAUUAAAAAAGAGAACAAUGGAACUGAACUGCCAGAUUGACAAAUGCAGCAAAACAACUUCUCGACUAGAUGAGGCUGAAAAGAAACUGUUGACACAAAAAGAUGAGAUUAUUGAUCUUACGAAAAUCAUUCAAGAAAAGGAUUCUGCAAUUGAGAAACUUAAAGCUCAUGUGGCUCACUGGGAAGCUAAAUUUGAAGAAUAUGACAAGACCAUGAACAAUAUUAAAGGAGAAAUGAAGAAAAUGAGCAAAAAUGACACAGAAAGUAUCGGAAGAAAGCGCCCUCUAGAUGAACACUCUGGCCCAUCGGAUCAGCCUCCAUCAAAGAAAGAACUUGUUGAAAAUAUUACAACAAACUUUCCAGCUGCCCAAAAGCAAAUUAACGUUCCUGACCUUUGUGAGAGUUCAAUGCAAGAAAUUGAAAAUGAGAAAUGUGAAACUGAAAAGUACAAAGAACAAAUGAAAAACUUCAAGCAGAACAUUGCUUUGCUAGAAGAAAAACUGUCUAGAAGUGUUGAUCAGGUGAUGCAAAUGGAAUCCAAAAAUGAAACGUUGGUAUCUGAGCUGCAAAUGUCCAAAAAUCUCAACCUAAGCUUGGAAGAAACUGUUAAGGCUUUAACAAAUGAGGUUGAUCGGAAUAAGCAGAACAUUGCCGGCAAAGUGGCGCAAAUCAGAACAAUUCAAGUUAAACUAGAUGAGUUUGUCAACAGUGGAAUAAAAGAUACUGCAGAUUUGGCUAAUUUUAAUUUUAUUGACUUAAUUGAGGAAUCAAAGAAUGUAAACCAAAGUUCUGCCGUCACUGAAAGUCAAACUAGAAUGGAAAACUCUGGUAGAGAGAGUACUUUCUAUUGUGCUAUAGAUGGGUUGUGGAAGGAAUGCCAGAGAGUUCUUCAGGAAUCCACCAAAAAGAAUCAGCUAAUUAAAGAACUUAAGGAACAACUUGAUAACUUAAACAAUGAAAUCUCAUUGUUAAAAAAUGAGAAUAUUGAGUUACAACAUAACUUCAUUACUGUUACUGCCAAAGAUGAACUGCUUGCCCAGCUUAGAAAUCAGUUAUCCGAGGGCACAAAUGCAUUAGAAUGCAAAGAGAAAUGCAUCUUAGAAUCUAAGAAAGAAAUAAUAGUCCUUAGAAAUCAAAUUGAUGGGAACAAAGAGAAGAUAACUGAGCUUGAAAGCCUUUUGGAUUCACAAAAUGAUACACAAGUGAAGAUGGGUAGUUUGGAAAUGCAGAACAAAGAAAAAGCUACAGCUGUUAUGACUUUGGAAAAUAGAUUGGAAGAGGUCGAAAUGAAACGUACAGACUGUGAAAAUAAAUUAAAUACGUUAAAUGAUUAUAAAGUAAACUUAGAACAGGAGAUUGUAAAUCUGCAAAACAAAUGUACAACAUUUGAAAAUACUUGCCAAGAAAAAGAAAAACAAGUGGAAGAUGCCACACAAGAAAUUAAACAGUUAAAAAAAGACCUUUCACAACAAGCUAAAGAGUUUCAGAAUCUACGGUUAGAUCUCCAGCGAAAGGAAGAGGAUUACACUGAUCUGAAAGAUAAACUAAAUGAUGCUAAAAAACAAAUUCAUCAGGUGGAAAAAGAGGUUUCUUCAAUGCGUGAAGAAAAAAAACUUCUAACCAACAAACUUUGUGAGUAUGAAAAAUUAAAGAAUCAGAUGUCUGGUGAAUUGGAGAUGAAGCAGCGCACUAUUCAGCAACUGAAAAAGGAUCCGUUUGAUAACGAGAAAAAUAGAGAGGCAAUGCGUUUGUACCAGAUCGCUUGUGAAG